AAAAAAUUCGCUGGGUUAGUCGAUUUUAAAGUUAUUUCCGUUUUGCCUUUUGCACCGCUGUUUACGUCGGUUUGUCCGCGUGUGUUGUCUUGUGGCACGCACGAUGUUUGCCGGUGAAAUCGACGACGUGUGCUAUUUCGGAGUGCUGACAGCUUUACUGCUUCGUUCGGCGACUUCGUUAUGGCCUUACUCUGGUGCCGGCAAGCCGCCCAUGUUUGGAGACUACGAGGCUCAGAGGCAUUGGCAGGAGGUCACCGUGAAUCUCCCAGUUACGCAAUGGUACGAGAACUCUACCACCAACGAUCUCCUCUACUGGGGUCUGGACUACCCACCUCUGACGGCCUAUCACAGCUGGUUGUGUGGGAAAGUUGCAGAGGUCAUCAAUGGAAGCUGGGUUGCCCUCGGCAAAUCACGAGGUAUGGAGAGCUAUGACCACAAGCUGUUCAUGCGAUACACAGUCCUGGCUGCCGACGUGCUCGUGUACUUCCCGGCUGUUCUGUUCUUCUGGAACUCGCUUCGUUCACCUGUGAGGAUGAAGCCAAGAGACGUGGCUAUCGCAAGCACCCUCACCUUGAUCGUGCCUGGCCUGGUUCUCAUCGACCACGGUCAUUUUCAGUACAACUGCGUGAGUUUGGGCCUCUCCCUGCUGGCCGUCGCUCUCGUGGAACGCGAGCAGCUCGUGCUCAGCGCCGUGGCAUUCUCACUGGCGCUGAACUACAAGCAGAUGGCGCUGUACUACGCAAUUCCAUUCUUCUGCUACCUGCUGGGAUGCUGCUUUCAGCGGCAAGGACUUGGAUCCAAGCUGCGGCUGUUCCUUGGCCUCGCCCUGGCAGUCACUACAACAUUCAGUGUCUGCUGGGCGCCUUACCUGGGCAGCCCCGACCGAGCCUUGCAAGUGGUGAAUCGCCUGUUUCCUCUAGACAGGGGUCUGUUUGAGGACAAGGUUGCCAACAUCUGGUGCACUCUGUCUAUCAUCAUCAAGCUAAAAAGUCUAUACUCGCCGACUGCACUCGCCCUUGUCAGUGGCCUUGUGACUCUUGGCACGGCAAGCAUCUCGGCCAUUGACGUGCUGCUCCGACCGACACCGGAACGGUUUCGAUUCACCCUGAUAAACUGUUCUCUAGCCUUUUUCCUCUGCUCGUACCAAGUUCACGAAAAGACCAUUCUGUUCCCGGCUCUUGCCUUCUAUCUCAUCUUAGAUAAACAUCCUGGCCUAGUGGUGUGGUUCUCGACGUUGGCUACAUUUAGCAUGUUCCCACUGCUCCACAAGGAUGGAUUGGUCACUCCAUACUUUGCACUGGUUGUGCUGAACCUGGUAUUUGUGUACCAGGCCUACUUGAAAGACGCGAGAAGGAGCGACCACGUCACGCUGCUGUUUGUGCUGUCACUCACGGGAUGCAUUGCACUCAACGCCCUUCACCUUACAAUGCCACCACCGGCACACUACCCACACCUUCAUCAGCUUCUGAACGCGGCCUACAGCUGCGGCCAUUUCGUUCUGUUCCUUAUCUACACACACUACCUGCAGUUCCAGUUGCCAGCAUCGCGAUUCACCAAGCUCAAGAAGAAGUGAGGUGCAACAUUUCCUACAUCGAGCUCACGCUGCGACGGGAAUGGGACAUUGACAGUUUGCUGCACGUUUCUCGACCGAAAAAGUUGCAGUGUUAAACUCCUUAAUCAUUGUCAUCAUUGCAAAACAACGAAAAUGUGGUGUAUUCUGUAGAGCCAGUGGCCGUGUGUGUGAUAUGCUUGAGCUGUAAAAAGAUGUGAAGUUGAGGACUCGAUGCUUACUUUGCACAAUGUGCGUCAUAAUGCCAAAUUUUGAAGGGAGUGCUGCCAUUGCUUAAAACAGUUGCUCCCAAUUGUCUCAUCGUUUUAGUGUGACGUAGAUCACACACCUGUUUUUGUGCUGGUUCCUAUUCUCUCCAUAAAUUGGCUAGGUGCUUUCAGUAGAAGCAUUAUUUUACUGGUAGCAAUUAUGUAGGCCAGUCUGCAGCUGUCUUCUGUGUUUACGUAGCUACAAGCAGCAUAUGUGAAGUGCCACGAUGUUUUGAGCUAAUUGAACGUCUUUACAUGUUGGCGUUUGGGGAGGUGAGCAACCGCUACCUCCAAAAAUCAUCAGAUGGUGUGUUAAAUCAUUGCACAUGUUCCUCUACCACUGCCAUUGCCAAAAUACCUUAAUAGACCACACCCUACCAAAUAACUUACUUUUUGCAACACUAAAGUACAGUAGAAUCUUGUUAAACCUCAGGGGGCCGGAAUACGGUUCUGAUUAGCAAGCAUUUCGCUGACUGAGAAAGAUGUGAAGUACAGCACUGUCUAUCAUACACCGUCUCAACAUCAAUGGACAUAAGCUAAAAGAAGUAAAUGUAUCGACUAGUUUGUCCCGUGGUGUGGGGCACAGUUCACCACUAUAUUACGUGGACUAGGUUUUUUUUCAAGGAGGCGCCUGCGAACACAUUAGAAAACAUAGUUUUUACUGUUCCUAUCGGUGUCCAGAUAAUGUGCAGCAGUUGUGCAUAGAGUCCUUGUCACUGUUCAUUGUUGGUUUCUUGAUUGCGAGUUUCGGCAUUGCGAGAACGUACUAUUCCAAAUUGUCCCUCCGUCUAAAACAAAUGUUAGAAAUCGUUCCUAGCUUACUUAUGUGAUUCCAUUUGCAGAGGGUUACGGAAACUUCCGUUCCAGUUAAUGAAAGCAUUUUUGUAUUAUCAUAGUGCACUUAGACUGUGGUUCUAUUCUAGAGAUUUCCGUUUUGCAAGAUUCUACUGUAUUUCAUCUUGAUGACCUUAAUGGGCAUUCUGAGAGGGCAUUGUUAUUGGUAGGGUACGAGUCAUACAGAGUUCCUUGGAAGUUUUCGAUGCAGUGCCUCGACCGGUGUUGCUAGUCAGACACCUCAAUGUGUUUUGUGAGCUUUUAGAUAGUGCAGAACGUAAGACAGGACUUCACAGGCAUUGAGCUGUGCUGCACGCUUUUUAGUCAGGCAAGGCCGUCUUGCUCCUGAGCAUGGUUAUGUUUAGGAUGUUGCAUGUUGGCGCCAUGUGUGUGUAUGCACACACUUAGGGCAAGGCAAACUGCCUUGUACUAUCGCGCUCAGUAUGAGCUACAUCAUGCGAGCGCGUGGCCGAGCGCUCUGCAAGGUUGUACAGCGGCGCCAAUCAUGGUUUAUUUUCAAGUUAUUGGGAGAGAGUUUGGCUGCUCGUGCGAGCGCACAUCCCCUUCACUUGCUCGCCUUCACCCUCGAAGUUAUCAUUUUCGAAGCUGAUAUCACCGCAGGGCAAAACGAGGACGAGGGUGAAAGCAAGUGGAGGCGAUGCGCGCUCGCAGGAACAGCCAAACUCUCUCCCGAUAACUCAAAAAUAUGCCUUGAUCGGCGCCACUGUACAACCUUGCAGAGCGCUCGGCCACGCGCUCGCGUGAUGUAGCUCAUACUGAGCGCGAUAGUACAUGUGUAGUGCACCGUGAAUAGGAUAGCAUUUAAAAAAAUUUUUCAGGCCUUGUUUAGAAAAAGUUUGUGAUUAUGUUUUAAGGGCAUGACUUACAAGUUCUUACUUUUUUUGUAGACACAACAUUAAUUAUAACCAAGAGACAAGAAAGCCAAGAUUAGUUUUAAUUGAUGUUGUGUCUAGCAAAGAAAAACGAGCCCUUAAAAUUCCCUUUAGUUUUUUUUGUAGCUGUUCAUAUGCAAAUUUGUGAUGUUCUUGUGCCAAGUGUGAUUGCACAUUUUGGUUAAUAUUUUAUCGAUCUCGAAUGAUAUAAACAGCUUGCUUUUCUACACGUCCAGUGGAAGGGAACUUUUGGCAGUUAAAACUUUUAUUCUGAUUGUCACAUAUUGGUUUGUAUAAGUGUCUGUGCGACUUCACUGCUUUAUUCAAUACUGUAAUGCUUUUUAACCGUGCUUUACGUUCAUAGCUUGUGAACAUAUGAGGUGUACAUGUUAAUGCGAAAAUUCUCAUUAAUUUUUUUAUGCAGAUGGGCAAAAACAUUGCGUUUUCCUGUUCAUAUUUCAGUAAUUGAUCAUAGUACUUCAGCACAGUUUGCAGUCACCCCAAAAAAAAGGGAUGCUAUGCUACAUAUGGUUAUUAAUAGAAGUGUUGACGUGAUGUUAAUAAUACAUGACGUAGACCUUCUACAAAACAUAUUUCUCGUUUUUUCUACCAUACUUUAUCGUGUGUACCAUGCGUGAAGGAUUACUGAAGCCUAAUACCGUUCUUUUUCUGCAUAUUGCACAGAUGUGUGCUUUUCAUAAAGCCCUUUUGUUUGCAUGCCCGCCAUUAAAUCUUUUCCACUUUUUGAG